CUCGACUCGGGCACAGCCGCGCCACCAAAAGCCAGCUCUAUAAAGAGAGAUUCCUUUAUGGAGUGGGUAAAGCCAAACACGCAAAUCUUGUGAACAGAACAAGGGAGAGAUCGGGAAGGAGGGGUAUACACGUGCAGACACCAUUGGAGCAUCAAAUAAAGCGAUGAAAGUGUUUCGAAGAAAGAGGGGAGAAAGAGAAGGAUGAAAGGAGAAAAAGAGAGAGUGCGUGGAAGAAGGGAACAGUGUGGAGAUUCCCGGUGUCUUAUAAACGUUUGUUUCAUUUCUUUUCAGUGUCUCCUUCUUCAAUAUUUUAUAGGUUUGUAGGUUCCUUGGAAGGCCCAGUGGUGCUGGCAGGACUUUGGCACUUUCGGCACCAUAUAUUCCGCCACAGGCAAGCUGAGGGGAUCAAGAUCAGGUGGGCCGAAGCAAGCUCCAAAGAAUACUUGUUCGGGAAGGGCUGAUGCUUCCAGGCUUAUAUUCCUUUUCCUCCCCAAGAAGCUGAGCUCCCCAUCUCGUGAAACUCGCCGGAGAAAUGCUGUGCAGGGGCCACGCUGCCAAGGCCCGGUCAGGCGCCGUCCCUGUCUUCCUCAACGUCUACGAUUUGACGCCAAUUAAUGGUUAUGCUUAUUGGUUCGGCCUCGGGAUCUACCAUUCCGGCGUUCAGGUUCAUGGAGUAGAGUACGCUUUCGGGGCUCACGACGCUCCUACGACCGGAAUUUUCGAGGGAGAGCCCAAGAAAUGCGCCGGAUUCACGUUCCGGAAGUCGAUCCUGAUCGGACGGACGGAUCUUGGGCCGAAGGAGGUCAGGGGGUUGAUGGAGAAGCUGGCCGACAAUUACACCGGCAAUACGUAUAAUCUCAUCACCAAGAACUGCAACCACUUCUGCAACGAUGCCUGCCUGAAGCUCACGGGGAGGCCUAUUCCUCGAUGGGUGAAUCGUCUUGCCAGAAUAGGUUCUCUCUGCAACUGCGUAUUGCCAACCGGCCUUAAUACGACGACGGUGAGACAGGGACCGGAGUUCAAGUUAUACGAAGGAGAAAGGAGGAAACUGCGCAGUAAUUCGGCGAGGUACCCAUCCACUGCUGCUGCUGCGGCUGCUGCUAGUGCUGGUCCCCCUGCUGGGGGAAGAAGGCACAUGACCUGCUCUUCUCUGAUGAUGCCAAGUAUGGAGAGGAGUAGAACCAUUAAUGGCGUCCGCGGCUUCUGAUACUGUUAGAAGUGGUAAAGGGGAAUAGUUACAGCUUUCCUUUUCCAUCCGUAGCCCAAGAUCAAAUUAAUUUAUGUAGGCUACCCCACCAUUGAAGAUGUUGCUGGUGGGAUGUUUAUCAAGAUGGAUGAUGGUAAUGACCAGUACUUUUUCUACAA